AUGCUCGCCGUCCUCACCAUCUUCAUCUUCCUAACCACUCCUUUUUACUUCGUCUACAAACCCCCGCAGUUCAUCAUCCGCUACCUCCAGCGCCGCGGGCCUGAUGUCCUGUGGCAUGUCUCCACCUCAUCCAAAGUCGUCGCACUCACAAUCGACGACACACCAUCCCAGUAUACAUCUGAGAUGGUGCAGAUUUUGAAGGAAAACGAUGCUCGGGCUACAUGGUUCGUGAUCGGGAACCAAGUCCCCGGCCGCGAGAAGGUGCUAGACGAACUAGUCCAAAACGGAAAUGAACUAGCGAACCAUGCGAUGCGCGACGAGACAUCCAAGUCUCUUAGUGAUGACGUGCUGCGUGAACAGGUCGUGACGGUGGAGGGCAUGAUUCGACAGGCAUAUGCCUCCGUGGACCGCGAGGAGGAUUUCCCAAAGUACUUCCGACCCGGCGGCGGAUUCUUCAAUCGGAGGAUGCAGGAUCUGCUUGCUCGGCUGGGCUACAGGCUGGUACUGGGCGAUAUUUAUCCCCAUGAUCCAUUUGUGUCCUACUGGAGGGUCAAUGCGAGACAUAUUCUAAGCAUGUUGCAUCCCGGAGGGAUCAUUAUCUGUCACGAUCGCCGGAGCUGGACGCCUCCAAUGCUGCGAGAGGUGCUUCCAAAGAUUCGUCGACAGGGUUAUCGGAUUGUUACUGUGACAGAGCUACUGGAGGAGCAUAAGCGGGAGAUGAUAAUGACCUCACGCAUCACAUAG